AUGCCCCAGGAGCGGGCUGCCCUGGGUCAGGCCGUCCUCACGUGCCCCGGGCCGCCUCCCCAGGUCCCGUCCUCCCCAGCUGGCUGGCCCACCCACCGAAGGGGCGGGCAGGGCAGGGCUGGCCUGACUUCCUGGCCGCGGCUCGGGGGCAGCGCGUCUCCCGUCCCGGGCGCAGAGGGGCGAGGGCGCGCCAUGGAGAGCGGGGCGGCUCUCCCGGGGCCGCUGGAGCUCCUGCUGCACAAAGCCACGGAGCCGAGUCAGGCCGAGACGGACUGGGAAGCCAUCCAGAGGUUUUGCGACCAGGUCAAAGCAGAUGCUGACGGGCCUGCCCUCGCUCUGAGGCUGCUGGAACAUAAGAUCCAGUCUCCACAGGAGGCAGAAGCGCUGCGCGCCCUGACCGUCCUGGAGAUGUGCGUGAAUAGCUGCGGAGAAACUUUUCACAACGAAAUGGGGAAAUUCCGGUUUCUCAACGGGCUCAUCAAAGUCCUGUCUCCCAAGUACCUCGGCGAGUGGUCAGCAGAGAGCGUCAAGUCCCGGAUCAUCCAGACGCUUUUCAGCUGGACGGUGUGGUUUCCUCAGGAAGUGAAAAUCCGCGACGCUUAUCACAUGCUGAAGAAACGAGGAAUUGUAACGCAAGACCCCAAACUCUUGGAAGACAAAAUUUUGCCACCCCCUCCGAGACCAGCCGGCUCCAUUUUUGACGGCGAGGACGAGAAAUGCCAGAUGCUGGCGAGGCUCCUCCAGAGCAAGAACCCUGAAGACCUGCGGGCCGCUAACCGGCUGAUCAAGGGGCUGAUCAAAGAGGAGCAGGAGAAAUCGGCCCAGGUGACCCGGCGGGUGAACGCCCUCAAGGAAGCCCACUGCCAUGCUGAGGCCCUGGAGGGGAUGCUGAGCCGCUGCCUGGCGCAAGGCCGGGGGAUCGUGGGCCAGCCGGAGCUGCAAGAGCUGCAGGGCCUCCAGGCCAAGUGUGAGAAUCUGAAGCCCCUGAUCUUCCGCGUGGCCAGCGAGACGGUGGAGGAUGAAGCGGCUUUGGCUGAGCUUCUGCAGGCAAACGACCGGAUCGCUCGGGCACUGGGUUUGUACAAGCAGGUGGUGGGCCCCUGCAAGAAUCCUGCCAACGGGGCUGUUGAUGCACCAGCAGUGCCCCAGUUGCCUCCGGAGAGUGCUGGGAGCCCCGCGCUCAUCGACUUCUCUGAGCCGGACUCUGUGCCUGGCCCUCCCACGUCCUUUCAAGGAAAGGCCAAGCCCUCCUCCUCUUCUGCCUGCUCUCCGGAUGAGGAGCUGGUCUCCUUAGGUCUCCCUGACAGCCCUGCAGGGGAGGCUGCAUUCUUCAGCGGGCUUCCCGGAGCGACCUCUCCGUCUCCCUCCUGCCCUGCACGUGCCUUGGCUAAUCUUUUCAUCCCCCUGGAAUCCGUCACGCUCAGCCCGAUCCCCCCGGUCACCGUCUACGAACGGAACGGCCUCAAGGCCCUGCUCCACUUCGCCAGGGAGCCUAUCCCGGGCCGGCCAGCUGCCCGCGUCCUGGUGCUCUCCCUGCUGAGCACGUCCCCUCACCCGGUCCGAGGGAUUGUGUUUCAGGCUGCCGUGCCAAAGUCCAUGGCAGUCAAGCUGCAACCAGCCACCGGCUCUGAGCUGCCAGCCUUCCACCCACUGCUGCCCCCCGUGGUCAUUUCCCAAGUCUUGCUCGUGGCCAACCCUCUCCAGGCUCCUCUGCGACUGAAGUACCGGCUACUCUACAUACAGAACCAGCAGUCCCACAGCGAAGUUGGGGAAGUGACCGACUUCCCCCAUGCAGAGCUCUGGGGUGGGAGCUGA